AUGGUGGGAAGAAGACCCAGAACUGUCAACUCGGCCACCGAUUGGCACGGGACCACGACGUCUCGUCGGCCCUCGUCCAUUCGCCGACGAUAUCGUGAUGACGACGAAGAAUCUGGACUCCCUAUUUCCAACGUCUCCCCUGGCAAUCAUCGCGGCCCUCGCUCCACCGAGCCCACUUCCACGCAGAGUACUACCCCGGCUGCCCCCACGCGGAUCCCCUCCCUACACGAAGUCCAAAUCCACGACAACCGCGCCAAGAUCACCUCCCUCAGCGGCUUCAAGGAUGCUCGACACUUGGUCGUCGCCGAACAGCGCCGCAACGAUUUGAAACAGAGGGUACUCGAUGGCAUGAAGGGCCUCUCCUCCUGGGAGGAACACCAUCACAAGUCCGAUGCCGAGCUCAAGGCCAUCAAGAACAAAAAGAUCAGGAGAUACUACGAAUCCCAAAAUGAGACACUCGAUAGUUGGGUCGAGGUCGACGCCUUGGUCAUGGCCGUUUCCGACGAUAUCAUCGACAGCAUGAACCCCGAUGCUGAUAGAGACGGCAUCGCCGAACGCCGUGUCCCUCUCGCAGACUCCAAAGGCGCCGUCGAAGCCUUUCUGCCGCCCGAGCACAUCGAGAAGCGCCGCCGUGACGAUCGAAACGCGAGAUGGGCGAUAAACACGAACAUUAUUGCGAAUAUCUUCAUGCUCGUUGGAAAGCUGGUCAGUUUGCGCUUUAGCCCAUCGCUUUCGUUGGCUGCCAGCACCGCAGACUCGGCUUUGGACUUGUUUUGUACCUUGAUCAUCUACGGCACGAAUCGCAUCGUUUCGUGGCGUCUCCGCGCUCUACAGCUCAAGUACCCCGUCGGAAGACGACGCCUUGAACCCAUCGGUAUUCUCGUCUUCAGUGUUAUCAUGGUUGUUUCCUUUAUCCAGAUCCUCCAAGAGUCGGUUACAAAGUUGUUACCCGGCGGCGAUAGAGAUGUUGCGCCUCUGCCUCCUGUUGCCAUUGGAGCCAUGGCUGCCAAUGCCGUCAUCAAGGGCAUCAUCGGGCUCAUAUGCAGACCCAUCAAGACGACGCAGGUACAAGCUCUGGUGCAAGACUGCAAGACCGAUGUGUACUUCAACACCGCAUCUCUCCUCUUUCCCCUGAUUGGUGUUGCUGCCCAGAUCUGGUGGCUGGACCCCCUUGGUGCAACAUUGUUGGCCAUCUAUGUCAUCUGUGACUGGGCUGAGACGUGUAUCAAGAACAUCAGCCGGUUGACAGGAAGCAAUGUAGACGAUGCCUUGCAGAAGAAGUUGAUGUAUCUCGCCUUCCGCUUUUCCCCUGUUGUAGCAGGCUUCAAGUCGUUGACGGCAUACCAUGCUGGCGAUGGUGUUUGGGUUGAGCUGGAUGUACUGUUGGAUGAGAGAACUUCGCUCCCUUUGGCACAUGAUAUUGCCGAGACACUGCAGUAUUGCUACGAGAGUCUUCAGGAGGUCGACAGGGCCUUUGUCACGGUGGAUUACUCUACCUUGGGCCCGACAGGACAUAACCAGUGUCAUUGA